AUGGACUACAUUAUCUAUAAUGUUGUCUGUAAUGUAACCGCUGCAGACGAUUUUUUUGAGAACAUUUCGGAAUCUACAUUAAAACAGUCGCAAAAAUUAAUUUUAAUGUAUGAAUGCCUCAAAGGGAUUAUCGAGUUUGAGGAUGUGUUUACCGACCUCUUAACCCAAACUUUAAACUCUGUUCAAGCUGCACUUGAUAGUACAGAAGCAAAUUUUGCAGAUAGUACAUCAAGCGAAGCACUGGCACUUUGUUUUCUUGUUCUCAAGAGCUGGCUUCUUUUAAGAUCACGCUCAAACUAUGUAUGUGUUAAUGUUGACGAAAAAGAGCAUGUUCAAUCAGACCCGUUGAUGUUGUGGAUGUCUGUUUGGCCGGCAUUGCGCCGGAUCCUGUAUGGUAUUGAAUCCUCAACCUUGUUUGUGCCCGGAAACUAUGGAUUGUCGAUAUGGUCUAUGUUCCUUUCCUUGUUACAAUUUCUUUUUGGGUGUCAUAGUAGCAUUGUUCUGAUUAAUGCCAACGAAUGGAACAGUUUAUUGGAUACCCUUGUUACUCAGUUAUCGGUUACAAACGGAAUCGAUGAGUUGAUGAGUAGUUCUGUCGAAGAGACAUCCCCUCUCUAUGAAUUUAAAGGCAGAGUAACAAAAGUGCGCCAGAUGUUUGACGUUCCUCCUAUUGAGGUUCCUGCUGAUAUGUUAAUCGACCAAUUAUACCUUGUACUGCGUUCUGUUAUGCAAUCACAAGCCGAUAACCUUGCCUUUCCUGGUGCUACCAGAGUUAUGACAACAGCAAUGGGGUUGCCACAAUAA